AUGGUCUUCAGUCCUCUCCUUGUGGCCGCGCUUCUUCCCAUUGCCGCGCAGGCGGCGAACGACUGGAGCCAGCCUUGCUUCGGCCAGUGCAACUGGGAUAUCAACUCGGGUAGUGGUUCUGGCACGGUCCAAAUCACUGGCACGCAAUCUGGUGUUUCCGAUUUGACCACGGCGGCAGGAUGGAGUAUUCUUGACUGCGACGCAAACACCGCGGACCAGGAUAUUCGCUUGGUCUGCCAGAACCCUGACGCGGGCUGCGAUCACGUCCACACAGACGGCGCUGCGGGUACCCUCGUUCGUCUCCCGACCUCGUGCGGUUCCGUGCCAUUCGCCCUUGUGACACGCAUGUGGACCCAUCAGGACCAGAGCAUCCCCGCCAACAAGCGGGCGCUGCUGACGCGCCGCGACGGUACCACGCCGACUGUCAAGGGUAUCAGUCUGUCGACUAACUUUUCGCAGGCCGAUCCUUCGCAGAAGGGCAACGUUACCCUGCACCUUCAGGGAUCCUCGAUUCCCGGCGUCGCUACCAAUUUUACGCAGCCACCUCCUGUUGACCAGCUGAACAAGCGCGGUCUGUUGUCCUGGGUCGGCAACACCCUUAAGAACAUCGGUGAAAUCCACAAGAACAUCAGCGGCAGUAGCCCGAUCAACUUUUCGAAGGAUACCCCGCUCUUCGACCAGAGCAUCAACUGCCCCCAGAGCGGCGCCAUCCCUGCUUUCUCUGGUGAGGUCAAGGUCGACCUGAAUGGCAAGGUCGACGGUACCGUAAACUACGGCGUCGCAGCCAGUGGCUCUGUUAUCCCUCCCAAGCUGGACCAGUUUGGUCUCUUUGUUGGUCUUGAUACGACUGUCACUGGCACGCUCAACCUCGAUGCGACCCUCACGGGUACGGUUGGUACCGGUCAGAUCCCUCUAUUCCAGACGGGCAUACCAGGACUGGAUUUCCCAGGGAUCCUAAGCAUCGGUCCGACUUUCUCUGUCAAUGCGGAAGCAGACGCGUCCCUCGAUGCGAACCUCAACAUGGACGUUGACCUCGACUACACCAUCUCCGGUGCCCAGCUAUUCUUCCCUCCCAGCAGUGGUCCCUCUGGCGCGUUCACUCCCGGUGACUCUAAGCUCCAACUCUCCGUCUCUCCGGACGUCACUGCGAACGGCCAGGUCACUGCUCACCUCAUCCCAACACUCGCGUUCGGCAUCAACGCCCUCGAUGGCAAGGCCAAGGCGACCAUCAACCUCGACGUCGACGCACAAGCCGGCCUCGACCUUUCGCUCACCGCCUCGGGCAAAGCCUCCACCGCGACUGACGGCAGCAAAUCUGCCGACAAGUCCUUCGGUGGCUGCGUCGAUGUCACGUCCGGCCUCACGGUGUCCGCUGGCGCUGAUGCCGACUUCUUGAGCAUCUUCGACAAGAGCACGAGCGUGGACUUGUUCAAGAAGACGUUCGAUCUCUUCAAGAAGUGCUUCGGUGACAGCGCUGCGCGCCGGACAUACACUGGCCGGAAGGCGCGCGCCGAGCUGCUCUCCAAGAGGGCGUCCAUUGCUUGCCCGAGCAGCGCUCUCGCGUCUGCUAUUUCGGUUGCGGAUGAGACCGUCACUGGUUCGAGGUGA